CAAACAUGGUUAGAGUGACUGACAUACACUUGAUCCAACAGAGAUGCUCUCACUUGAGUUGCCUCCUCCUAUCUACAUAUCUAAGGUGGCCCCUCAUCACUUUUUUUAAACCUUCUACUCUGUUCAAGCCCUCAGCCCAUCAAUCCCAAGAGAAAUAUCGGUCUUCCCCUCUUUCUUCCAUUGUAAAAGUAUACUAUGUACAGAUAAAGCACCAGACUUUCUCCUCCCUCUAACUCUCAAGUCUCAAAUCAAAAGGAGCAAUCUCUACAAAGAGAAAACAGAAAUGAGCCUCAGAAAUCUGAAGGAAUUGACCAUUAUUGCCAAAGAAGCAUUCAGCAAGAUGUUCUUGGUAGCCAAAAGUCUAUGCUUUCUCCAUGUCACCAACACCCAUGUCUUCACUGUUGCUUCUCUCUAUGGACCAAGUAUGCUCCCUACCUUUAAUCUUACUGGUGAUUGGGCAUUGGCUGAGAGGUUUUCACACAAGCUUGGCAAAGUGGGGGCUGGAGAUAUUGUUAUUUUAAAAUCACCUGUGGAGCCAAGAAAAAUUAUGACUAAAAGAGUUAUAGGUGUCGAGGGUGAUUCUGUUACUUAUGUUGUUGAACCCAAAAACAGUGAUAGAACUGAGACUAUUGUGGUUCCUAAGGGGCAUAUUUGGGUAGAGGGAGAUAACAUAUAUAACAGCAAGGAUUCAAGAAACUUUGGAGCAGUUCCUUAUGGCCUUCUUCGAGGGAAAAUGCUUUGGAAGAUAUGGCCACCUAAAGAUUUUGGAUAUAUUGGAAAAAAGGAGCAAAACAGCUGAACAAAUGUCGCUAGGUGCCAGGCACCCAAUAGCAAGGUUCAAGAUUGAUUUUGAUGCAUUUUAAAUUGAAAAAUAUUUCAAAAAAGUACAAUGCAUCACAAUGCUAAAUUCCAUAGUUACGAAACCUAGUCCGGCCUGAAUGGUUGACUUGAGACUCAGGGCCUUGACCGUGUGUAAACUCACAAAAACUCGCUUACAAUUGGCCCUGAAUAACUAUAAUGGUUUAUAUUCAUAUAAAUUGUUUUUUAAUUUUUUUA